CGUUUAGUGUGUUUGUAGCGUUGUUGACCUUUGAGUAAUGUGCUGCAAGUGAGAUGACCGAUUCUUUGUUAGUUCCUCAAGGCAACCAACACAUGAUCCGUAUCCUAGCUUAGAUUGAAGCAUACGGAACUAAGCAGAAACCCGGGCGAUAGUAAUAAGUUUAUUGCAUAUUUUCUGCACAUGGACUUAGGAAGGUUUCCUCAAUUUUUUUAAUGAACUUUGGAGGGACUUCUUCAGUUUGUUUAGCUCAAUUUUAAUUCCUCGGUCAGAGGAACUAAGCAGAAACCCGGGCGAUAAUAAUAAGUUUAUUGCAUAUUUUGUGCACAUGGACUUAGGAAGGUUUCCUCAAUUUUUUAAUGAACUUUGGAGGGACUUCUUCUGUUUGUUUAGCUCAUUUUUAAUUCCUCGGUCAGAGGCUUUUAACCAAACACGCUCAAAGUCAAGAGUCCAAAUAUAACUAUCAUAGUUUCACGGCACGUUGACAGUUGACACUAGAUUGCCAGCUUGCUCAUCAACCAAAUAUCACCAUACAAUUUCCAGUAGGAAAACCAACUACAUACUCUAUAAUUGUUUAACCCAUCUUGUUGUACUUUAGUCUAGUUAAUUGAUAGUUAUACAUGCUAAACCCAGGACUAGUAUUAGGGUGCUAGCUACGCAUACAAGAUCCAGAAACUGCUCACACGUUACAGGAAUCAAAUACCAAAGCAUCCAGUGACUGUGUCGCUGUUCGUUCUUUGGUCAGAAGUCCCUUACAUGCAUAUAUCUCAUUCUCUUUGGCUCUCCUCCUCGCAACCUACCACAAAACUCAUCCUUCAAGUUUCCGUGUCUUCUCGAUUCAGUCUCACAAUCCCCAACAUGUAUUUGCCAUGGCUCAUUGUGUUACUCUUUGUCUUGGCUGCUGCAGGUGUGGAUGACUUCAUAUAUGAUAUACUUUGUUCUAGUUAUAAGCCUGUGCAGAAUAUGCAGAAGAAAGAAGUACAAGAUACACGACGCAGGAGAUUUGCAGCAGGAAAACAUGUUCUCUGUCUUAAACUUUGAUGGUGGAAAUGCAUACGAGCAAAUUAUUGAAGCGACGGAGAACUUUAGUGAAAAAUAUUGCAUUGGAGCAGGUGGUUAUGUGUCUGUCUAUGUAGCUAAAUUAUCAAAUGGUAAAAAUUUUGCAGUCAAGAAGAUAAAUGCAACAGAGAAUGGCCGUUUGAUAAACGAGCAAAUGUUCUAUCGUGAAAUAGAGGCCACAAUGCAAAUACGCCACAAGAACAUUGUAAAAGUCUUUGGCUACUGCUGUACAGCACGAGAUAAGUUUAUUGUCUACAAGUAUAUGAAAGGAGGAAACUUGUUGACAGCUCUCAAGUCCUACAGAAGUGCAAGCGAGUUGGAUUGGAAGCGCAGGUUAUGUAUUGCUCAGGAUGUUGCUCAUGCCCUAUCUUACUUGCAUCACGACUGUUCAGAUCCUAUAGUCCAUCGAGAUGUAACAACCAAAAACAUUCUGCUAGAUCUGGAGUUCAGAGCUUGUUUAUCAGACUUUGGGAUAGCUAAAAUACUGGAUGCUGAUGGAUCAGGACACACAAGGCUCGCUGGUACAAAAGGAUAUCUUGCACCAGAGCUGGCAUACACUACGAAGGUGACAGAGAAAUGUGACGUUUAUAGCUUCGGGGUGGUAGUUCUUGAGCUGUUGAUGGGAUCUCACCCUGGAGACUUUGUUUCGUCGAUCUCAUGCCCUAGCAAGAAAAGCACACCGAUGAAGGAUUUGUUGGACACCAGACUCCCGCCUCCAGCAGGUGAAGUUGCAAGCGAGAUAUUUGGAUUGAUCACGGUUGCUAUACAGUGCCUUCACCCCAAUCCAUCAACUCGUCCGACGAUGCCAUCCGCAAUUCAUUUGUUCUCCAAGUUUUCUAGGGCGGUUGAUCUUGAUUAUCUGCAUGCUGACAUCAUGGAGUUCUGCCUUCUUUGAACCUUGACCUUUGUAUUCAUUUUCUACUUGUGGAAUGUUCCCGAGGAUAAAGGGAACUACACAGGUAUUCUACAUCUUAUGCCUUUGUUGAUGUGGGAAGGAAGGGAGCUAAUAGGUGUGUUGUUUUACAAGAAUUGCUAUCAUCUUUCUUUCCCCAUAAUUGUGGUGUUGUUUAUAGUUGAAUAUUUGUUUUACUUUGAUAUUGUAUAUCUCAUUUAAUAUGCAAGUUUA